UUUCCCCCACCUACACACGCACAUUUACACAUCAUGGCUUCCGGUGCUCCCCCCGUUGGACAGGAAAACAUUAACACCGACAUCGUCACCCUCACCCGAUGGCUCACUGAAGAGCAGGCCAAGGUACCCGAGGCCACCGGUGACUUCACACUUCUCUGCCACGCUCUGCAAUUUGCCUUCAAGUCGAUUGCCUACUACAUCCGUCGCGCCUCGCUGAUCAACCUGACGGGGCUGGCGGGCUCGUCCAACACGACGGGCGACGAUCAGAAGAAGCUUGACGUCAUCGGCAAUGACAUCUUCAUCGCGGCGAUGAAGGGGUCGGGCAAGUGCCGGAUCCUGGUCUCCGAGGAAGAGGAGGAGACGAUCAUCUUCGACGAGCACCCGGAUGCGCGCUACGCGGUGGUGUGCGACCCGAUCGAUGGCUCCUCCAACCUGGACGCAGGCGUCUCGGUGGGCACCAUCUUCGGCAUCUUCCGCCUGCCCGACGAGGUGCUGGGCGCCGGCAAGCAGGUGACGGCCAAGGACCUGCUGCGCGCCGGCACGGAGAUGGUCGCCUCCGGGUUCACCAUGUACGGCGCCUCGGCCCAGCUGGUCAUCACCAUGCGCAACGGCACCGUCAACGGCUUCACCAUGGAGAACUCCUUGGGCGAGUUCAUCCUCACCCACCCGGACAUGCAGCUGCCCGCCAAGCGCGCCAUCUACUCGGUCAACGAGGGCAACAGCAUGUACUGGGACGACUGGUGCAACGCCUACUUCCACUCUCUCAAGUUCCCCGGCGAAGGCCAGAAGCCCUACAGCGCCCGCUACAUCGGCUCCAUGGUCGCCGACGCCUACCGCACCCUCCUCUACGGCGGCGUCUUCGCCUACCCCGCCGACAAGAAGAGCCCCAAGGGCAAGCUCCGCAUCCUUUACGAGUGCGCCCCCAUGGCCAUGCUCUUCGAGAACGCCGGCGGUCUCGCCGUCAACUCCCGCAUGGAGCGUCUCCUCGAGGUCGUCCCCGAGCACAUCCACGACCGCAGCGGUGUCUUCCUCGGCUCCAAGGACGAGGUCCAGAAGAUCAUCGACACCUACAACCAGCACAAGAAAUGAAUUUUUAGAACAAAAAAGGAAUAAUUAAAUACCCCUACUACGUUCAAAUGGGUACGGUGCUCCGGGGCUGGCCAGGGAGUUCUUCUUCAGCAUGUCACGAGUUACGUUGUAAUUAACGAUACGCUCUCAAAAACAAUUU